AUGGCCAGUCAUUCAGCACAAGGCGAUGCUAGACGGCAUAAAUAUCACGAUGAGAACAUUUUCCUCUUCGUACCCAACCUAAUCGGGUACGCCCGCGUUGUUCUUGCCGUCACAUCCCUCUAUUACAUGCCCUUGCACCCACGAACAUGUUCGCUAUUGUAUAGCGUCUCUUGUCUCCUUGAUGCCCUAGAUGGAGCUGCUGCCCGGCGGCUAGGGCAAUCAACGCGAUUCGGUGCGGUUCUGGAUAUGAUUACAGACCGAUGUACAACAACUUGCCUGCUAGUUUUCUUGGCGAGCGCAUUUCCCAGGUGGAGUAUUAUCUUUCAGGGCUUGAUUAGCUUAGACUAUUCAAGCCACUAUAUCCAUAUGUAUGCGACCUUGGCAAUGGGUGGAAACCGCCAGAGCCACAAACAGAUCGAUGACAGUCGGCCAUGGGUCAUGCGGAUCUACUACUCUAACACAAAAGUCCUUUUCACGGUGUGCGCGCUGAACGAGCUCUUCUUUAUUGCGUUGUAUUUACUCUCAUUCUCGUCAUCGCCGUCGUCGAUGGACAACACAAACUUCAUGGCAUCACAAUCCGUUCCUUCAACACUUUGGAGCUCUUCUUGGAGUGCUGGGGCAAUGGAGAUGGCUCGUGCUAAUAAAAUAGACGAUUCUGUUCCAUGGUGUCUACUUUAUGUCUCGACGCCAUUUAUGCUCUUCAAGCAAUAUGUGAACAUGAUUCAGUUAACAGAGGCCAGCAAGUGGCUUGUCCAAGGUGACAUUGAAGCUAGAAGGAAGGCACGACUUGCGCAGAAAAGAGAUCAGUGA